UUUGCAAAAACAUAUUGCCAGUCACAAGGGCAUAUUAUAAGAAAUGCUACUUUCCCAGAACUAUCCGAAAGCACGGUGAAGAUAGGAUCAGACUCGGAUAAUGGUUCCGGUUCAGACAAAAGUGACCCUAUUGAGAUACUGGGCUAUGGAGAUGCAGAAUCUUCUAGUAACAAAUCCGAAGAUGAUUUUGAUAACAACCUACCAGAAACUGUAACUAUUUUGAAGCACGAUAAAACCGGUGCCAAGAUCUACCUGAUUGGCACUGCACAUUUCAGCAAAGAAUCACAAGAUGAUGUGGAAAAAGUUAUUUCAAAUGUUUUGCCUCAUAUUGUAGUUGUAGAAUUAUGUAACUCCAGAACACAUAUAUUAUCAUUAGAUGAAGCUACAGUUUUAGAGGAAGCCAAAAACAUCAAUAUGCAAAAAGUAAUUUCCACUGUUAGGUCCAAUGGUGUAUUCAAUGGUCUAAUGUAUAUUCUUCUGCUCAAUAUGAGUGCCCAUCUAACAAAAGAAAUAGGGAUGGCCCCUGGAGGAGAAUUCAGAGUAGCUUAUAAAGAAGCUUCCAAAAUUCCUAACUGUGGUGUACAUCUAGGUGAUCGCCCAAUAAAUAUUACUCUUCAAAGAGCUCUAGCUAGACUGACAUGGUUUCAGACUUUUAAAUUGGCUUGGCAUCUGUUGACUUCUAAAGAUCCUGUCACGGUUGAAGAAAUUGAGAAAUGCAAAAAUAGAGACAUGCUUGAGCAACUUCUAGCUGAUUUGGCUGGAGAAUACCCAGCUUUUCGAGAAGUUUUUCUAGAUGAACGUGAUAUAUAUCUUACAAAUUCCCUCCAAGCAGCUGCUCUUUCAAAACUGAAGCCCAAAGGAAGGGAUGCCCCUCUUGAGGCCCCCAGCGAGUCUCUCCGCAUCGUCGGCGUGGUAGGCAUAGGCCACGUUCCCGGCAUCCUCAAACUGUGGCCCCAUCCGCAAGAAAAGUACAUCAAGGCCAUAGUAACGAUCCCCCCGCCUUCGGUCACCUCUCAGGUCAUUCGGUACGCCUACAAGAUGGCGCUGCUGGCUUGCGGGGGCUACCUGAUCUACAGGUACGUCCCUGUGCCCAGGAUGCUCAGGGAGAAUUCGCAUACCCUGGCCGAGAAGGUGUUGGCCGGCAUGAGAACCGAGUCUGUUUUCAGAUUCAGUUUGAAUUGAUCGGUUGAAGUUCUUCUGAGACUGAUAUGAUUCACCGUAUUUUCAAGGGUGAGACAUUUUGUAUUGUGAUAUUGGCUUCAAAGCUGUCAUUUAACAUUGCUCUGAAUUUGAUUCUUAUGUUAAAUGCCAGUCAUCUUACAGCUGUCAAUGACUUUCAAAAAUGAACUAUUCACAAUCAAGUGAAGGUUUUAGGUCGAAAAACCAUUAUGUUAGUAGUGGAAACGUUGAUACAUAUACCACGGUCGUCUUCUGUACUUUGGUACGCACGAUGUUUUUCGAGCAUUAUAAGAAUUUCCAAGAGAUAAAAAAACAUUCAAAGUGAUCAAAAAGGUUAAUCAUAUGCUGCCUGUUGCACACACAGUACUACUCUUUGAGGUAAUUUAAUACCAAAUGUAUAUGCAAUCUGACGUCUUCUUCAAGAUUGGGUCUAUUUUUAGUUAAGCUCCAAAACUGGUGGAAUGUUCAUUAUUGAAAGAAAAUGCUCUGCUUUUCAAACGAACCUCCAUUGACAGACGACAGUAGUUGCUACAAACACAAUAACAAAAUGCCUCAUCUUUUUCAGGUGAUAUAUUGUCGAUUAAGUCCUCUUUCUUGGGAAAUAACUGUUUUGUCAUCUACCGAUUUAUUCUGGGAAGCUGCGACUAUGUGGAAUGAAAUAUGUACCUAUUUUUUUCUCUAGGUUAUUCAAUUGAUGAAAUUAUUGAAUUAUUGCUGGAUCAUGAAUGUACAGGGAGUCCCAGAUUGACUGUACGCAUAAGUUAUCUCCUUUACUCACGUUAGAAAAAAUGUACCUUGAAUCGUCAUUUGAUUCGGUACCACAGCCGACUUUUAGCUCGAUGAAGUUCUUGAAACAAAUGGAUGAAGAUAAGUAGUAGUUUUUUUCUUGUACGAAUAUUAUGCAGAACAUGGAUGCAGACAAACAAUUUGGGACGACUUAUACAGGGCAAUCCAUGGAGAAGACCCACCCCUAUUUUCUUUGAAAAAUUGUGUGGGAGAUUAUUAUUUCUACUUUUUGGAUAUAUACCGGGUCUCUUCGAUGAAGAAUCCUGUACCUACUGAAACAUUUUUAUUUUGAUGAAAUAUCAGGCUGUGUGAUGAAAAUAAUGUGAAAACCAGAUGUCAAACGUUUUUAUAUUCUACUUAUUGCUGUGUUGACUUCACAAAGUGAAUCUAAUAAUUAAUUGAGCUUUAUAUUGUCACAGUUAUCAAGAACUUGAGAUUAUAGUCAAGUCUAUCGGAUGAUAUACCCCCCCCCUCCCCCCUCCCCCCGAAAUUUAUACCCAUUUACAGUCAAAUUUGCAAAAACGGAAAAUUUAUGUAAUUCACCUCAAAUUUGCUUGUUUCAUAUCUUUAUAAAAAUAUCACUUAUUUAUUAUCCGACAUUACCUUCUUGCAUAGAAGUGUCAUGUUCUGGUAUUGCAACAUCGGUUAUGUAUGUAUAUUAUUAAAUAUUAAGGGGAUUUAUGUCAUUUUUUCAAAAUCAAUAUUUGUAGUCAUUAUUUGCCUUGCCUUUUCCCGGAUGAAUUGAAGAAUCCAUUUUGUUAACAUAUUUUUAAAAAAGAAAUCUGGUGAAAUUAUGAGAAAAUCAAUAUGAAACAAAUGAGACAAUAUUGUUUUGAAACAAUGCAAUAUAGAGAAAAAUGGGAGCACAAGCUUUCAUUACAGUAUCUUGAAUUAUUUUUGCAGUUAUCUAAAUAAAAUAUAUUUUCGUAAAUUUGACACAUGCUCAAUAUAGGUUUAAAACUGUUAAACAGCAGAUAGUUGAAAAAUAACUGGAAUUCUGGGACAAUUACUUAAGGACAAAGUUUCUAAUUCUCACAUUCCAUUUAAUUAGUUGGGUUAGAGGUUAUGUAAGUCAGUUGAAGUUAUUAUCAAUAAUUUAUUUCAACGUAAAACAUAUUGUACAACAAAUUCUUAUAUUUAAAUAUAUAUAUUUAGAGUUGGAAGACUUUUAGGCAGGAUUAUUUAUUGUAAGUACAGUUUCAAAUCUGCCAGUUUGUUUUGUUUUGAGAAAGCAAAAACCUCUAGAAAAGAUUAAAGUGGUACCAAAAGCUAUUAAGUAUUUUGAAUUUGUUUCUGGCCAUUUUGGUUUCUAGAGGUUUUCCCGAAGAUCUAAUAAAAUGUAUAUAUAAACUACUAGAUCCUUGCUUCACAGUUCUGUACAGAGUUUUGAAACAACAUAAGAGAGAGAAAGGACAAAAAAUGACAGAUAUAAUCUCUCCCUCCAUUAGCUAUUUUUUAAUCACUUAAACUCUUGUAUAGCAUAGAAUUUCAACCUUUCAAGGUUGAGGAUUUUUGAGAUAAUUCCUCAAAUUUGCGUUUUAUGGGCGAAAAAAUGUUUGGAUGAGAGUUGUUUGACCUGGACCUAUCUUGGGGUUGAUGAGUCAUCUGCCUUUAGGCGCGAUAUAGCAUAUUGGGGAGCUGUCACGUGACCAGCCAGUAAUGUGAAUUCAACUUGUCUUGUCUCACUCUUGUUGUGGUUUAAAUACUUCUAUUUCUAGGUACGAUCUAGUGAGAUAUAUUAUCGAAAAUUAUUAGAUCUUUUAUGUUUCUCUUUUCUGCCCGCGUCAAUUUUGACAUGAUCGAAAUUUCAAUGAGCGGCAGCACAGCGAAAUCCUAGGUUAGAGGCUGAACUGUCUUUGGUGUUUUGUGACCUGGCAGCACAUCUGUAUCUCCAGCAGUAGGACUCAUGGCAAAGGAACGAACCCCCCUUUUUUACUUUGGAAUCCUGGGAAAUGUAUAUGUUUUUGUUACUUCCUUCUUGGUGUAAAUAUAAUAUUAUUUCAUUGG